CAGAGAAGUCCGUAUCAACAACAGGAAGAGCCCCAGAGACAGGUGGAUCCAGUGAUUCUCUGUAUCAACAACAGGAAGAGCCCCAGAGACAGGUGGAUCCAGUGAUUCACUGUAUCAACGAUGGCAACUUCAAACAUUCAUGGUUUCUGUAAAGUGCUAGGAAGCACACUGCUGGGAUUCACCUCUGGAUUACCUGGAGGCUACCUGCUGUCCUCUACAGUGGAAGCAGGACUAGGUGACCUGUUUGGACCUCCACCAAAAGACGCUAUUGAGAAAGAAUCACAGUCCUUCAACAAGCUUAUCAUAUUUCUGACUAUGUGGAUAGGAUUUCUUCUAAUGGUUUUGAUCCCCAUAACAGUCUUACAACAGGUCGAAGCUAACUUUAGGAGAAUGAUGAGGGCUGGGGAGACUGAGCCGGACGCCAAGGAGGUGACUGUAGUUCUGAUCGGGACCACUGCAGUAUGUGGAGGUUUGGGACACCUCAUGGAAACUGCCGUUGGAAGACUGUCGGACAUCCAAGUUGUGUACAAAUAUACUGUAGAUACGUCUGUGACUUUAGCAUUUAUAGUAGCAGCACAUUAUGUUGCUGGAUGUGCAGUAGUUGUGUCUGCUCCAUUUGGUAUGGGACCAAUGAAACGGGGGGCAGUAGCAGCAGGAGGAGGGGCUAUAUUAAAAGUAAUACUAAACAAUCAGCCAGUAGUCGGGCAAUGGGGCACCUUGGGAGCUCUGCUGGGUCCUGCCGGUGCUGCUGGGAUGGCUCUGUCUGCUGGUCUAACAUGGAACGGGAGUACCUAUGGGGUAGCAGGGAGCAAUGGUACUUAUGGGUGGGCAGGAAGAGUGGGGACAACACUGGGGGCAUUGUGUGCAGCUUGGUUUGGGACAGGGGCUCUGGGUGUUGUCACUGCCUUCCUUCACAUGUGGUUCUCUUGCAUCUUCUCUGCCGCAAUACCAGUAGAGCUCCUCGUGUGGUGAAUCUCAGGUAGAAGAUAAACCCAACAUAACGUUUUCUUUUUGUAAUCGUUGUAUUUCAAUUCUAUCAGUAUAUCAGAUUACAUGUAGUCUAUGUAUGGGAAUACAGGCAGCCAUUUGUUCCUAGCUGACUCGGCUGGUUAAAUUAAGGUUAAAUCAUGUGCUAGAAAACAUUAUAAAUGGGCAAACAGGGAAUGCUGGUUUUUGUUUUAAUCUUAUUUUAAUAUUGUAUGCUUGGUUUGUGUUUGGUUGGUUUGUGUUUGGUUGGUUUGUGUUUGGUUGGUUUGUGUUUGGUUGGUUUGUGUUUGGUUGGUUUGUGUUUGGU